AAAACUCUCAGACAAUUUAUAUUCAUCUCUCUCUCUGUCUCUCUCUCUGCGUUGCAAACGCACAAGGAAAGGAGAGGAAAAUGUAACUCGCUGCAUUGAUUCCAGUUCUUCAUCUUGUAACUUUUCCUCUUGGCCUCUUCUCUUGUUCACCUCGAUUCUCUCUCUCUCUCUCUCUCUCUCUCUCUCUCUCGCGUGGAGUCAAAUCCCUUAAACUCCACGCUAUUCUUUUCCUCAAAGGCGAUCAACGUCCUUUUGACAAACCCCCGCAUUAUAUAAACCCCCUCGACCCUCUUCUCUCUCUCCCUGACUGCUACUAUUCUCUCUCUCUCUCUCUCUCUCUCUCUCACAGCUGAGCUGAAAAAUGGUGCACCACCACCACCAUUGCAAGGAGAAGAGACCCAAGUUCUGCAUCAACGACCACGUCGACGUCCUGGCCGAGAUCCUGAAGCGCCUCGACGGCCGCUCCCUCUGCGUCGCCGCCUGCGUCUGCCGCCUCUGGUCCGCCCUCGCCCGCAACGACUCCGUCUGGGAGCACCUCUGCUUCCGCCACCUCUCCCCUCCCCCUCCCUCCUCCGUCCGCCCGGUCGUCUCCGCCCUCGGCGGCUACCGCCGCCUCUACAUGGUCUGCAUCCGCCCGGUCCUCAGCCGCCUCGGGCGGUCCCGCCGCGCCGAGCUCCCGUGGCGGGUCCGGUCCCGGGAGGAGCUGCAGCUGUCGCUCUCGCUGUUUUGCGUGGAUUAUUACGAAAGGCUCGGGAACGGGAGCGGCGGCGGCGGUAGCAGGUUCGGCGACGGGUCCGCGAGCGCGUCCUCCUCGCUGAUGUUCCUCUGCAAGCCCGUGAACGUCUGACGAAAGAGAGAAACAGUAGAUCGUCUUUCCAUUUUUCUUAGGGAAAAAAAUUUGAAGCUCGAGCGUAGAAGAGGAGGAGGAAAAGCUAGUGAAGUGACCCGCCAGCCUAUGUCCAUUAUAAAUUCUUUUGUUUAGAAUAUUAGAAAUAAAUGCUAUAUCCUCUUUUUAUAUGA